AUGCCGAAAAUCGGAAUUCUGAGAGGCAUAUCCAAAAAGCCUCCGACAAGUCAUGUACAAAAACAUAGCAAGCUCAAUGACUGCGCGUGGAUGGAUGUUUCAGACGACGAAUCUAUGCAUGUCAGGCACUCAGCAAAGUCUCCGCGGACACCCUUGAGGAACUUGCAAGGCUCUCCAUAUCCUCGCCGAGAGCCUAAGAACCCAAGACGUAGUACGGGAGAUGGUAGAAAUGCGGACCAUGGCAAGGUCACCUCCAUCCAGGAGCAACGGAGACAGCUCCCAAUUGCGACGGGCAAGGAUGCUCUCGUGGAUGAAAUUCGCAACAACGAUGUGACGAUUCUCGUUGGAGAAACAGGAUCUGGGAAAACUACCCAGGUUCCUCAGUAUUUGUUGGAGGCGGGUCUAGCUGGCGAAGGCAUGAUAGGUGUGACGCAACCUCGUAAAGUGGCUGCCACUUCCUUGGCCGUGCGUGUGGCGGCUGAACAGAACGUAUCUGUUGGUAGCCUAAUUGGCUACUCGGUGCGUUUUAGCGAGGCGUCAAGCAAAGACACUCGCAUAAAAUAUGUGACGGACGGAAUGCUUGUUCGUGAACUUCUUGGAGACUCUCUCUUGUCGCAGUACAGCGUGGUGAUAGUUGACGAAGCACACGAGCGCACCUUGCGAACCGACCUCCUGCUCACGAACCUUAAAGCGAUUCAAAAAGUCCGGAACUCGGUAGAUCGGAAGGGUAAGAAGCCAGUAUCCAAGCUGAACCCUCUCAAGAUCGUUAUCAUGAGCGCAACUCUCGAUGCGGAGAAAUUCAGUGUUUUCUUCAAUAAAGCGAGAAUCGUAUAUGUAAAGGGUCGUCAACAUCCUGUAACAAUCUAUCACACGGCUGUCGGCCAACCGGACUACGUUGAUGCCGCCCUGCGUACAUUUUUCCAAAUACACGUCGAUCAACCAUCAGGAGACGUCUUGAUUUUCUUGCCAGGACAAGAGGAUAUUGAGAGCCUGGAGAAAUCGAUCAAACUGUAUGUACAGAGACUGCCGAAGAAUAGCCCCAGGGUCACUUUAUGUCCCAUGUAUGCGGCGUUACCGCCGAGUCAACAAGCGAGGAUAUUCUCUACAACACCACCGGACAGUCGUAAAUGCAUCUUAGCUACCAAUAUCGCUGAGACCUCUGUCACGAUCCCUGGUGUGAAGUAUGUGAUUGACACCGGGAAGUGCAAAGAGAAACGGUACAUUGCUCGAGAUACGGGAACUGGUUUUGAUACUCUUCUCACAAGAGACAUCACUAAGUCUUCCGCUAUGCAACGUGCGGGUAGAGCCGGUAGAGAGGGUGCCGGAUUCUGCUUCAGGCUAUAUACCGAGGAAGCCUUUGAUGCGAUGCCCAUGUCUGUAGAGCCGGAGAUUCGUCGUUGCACCUUGACAUCAAGUCUGUUGCAACUGAAGUGCAUCAAUCAAGAUCUCGAGGAGCUAGAUUUCAUGGAUAAGCCAGAUCAAGAGACGAUUGCUGCUGCAUUAAAAACGCUCUGGCUCCUGGGUGCGCUGGACAACAAGAAGGCGUUAACUCCAUUAGGGAGAGAGAUGGCACAUUUCCCCCUUGAGCCCAUCCUCGCGCGGAUCAUCGUCGCAUCCAAGGGUCAUUCAUGUAUGCUGGAGGUGAUCGACAUCGUGUCUGUGUUGUCAGCGUCUUCGAAGCUGUUCUUCGACUCCACCGACGAGCGCGAUGCUGCACUGGAGGCUCGCCGGAAAUUCCGUCAUCCCUCUGGUGACCACAUGACAAUCCUAAACGUAGUCAAGUCCUACCAGGAAAUUGUUGCACUGGAGACGAAGGCGGGUUGCAAGGACUGGUGCAGAAGGCAUUUUCUAAACUACCGGUGUCUGGUUGAGGCUAUCGACAUUCGGGACCAAUUACGCGAGGUCUGCUCACGUCUGAAGAUGGACUGGCACACAUCGUGUGGAGACAAUGAGCAGAAAAUUAUGAAGAGCCUGGUCAGUGGUCUCGUGCAGCAUACUGCUUUCUUGCAGCCAGAUGGGUCUUACAAGCAGCUGAUGGGGCCAUCAAUCGUCAAAAUCCAUCCUUCUUCGUCUUUGUGUGACAAGAAAGUGCCCGCAAUUGUAUACGAUGCGUUGGUGUAUACCAGUCAUAUCUUCGCUAGAGGCGUGUCUGCUGUACCUAGGAGUUACAUUGCCGAAGUUCCAGUUCUUAAUCAAAGGGGUUCAUGA